AUGAACAAGAUUUCGGUGAAGUUAUCGUCAAAGUGUUUCCACAUAGAAGCUGUGGAAUUUCUCGAGCACCACAUGACGGAGGAGGAAAAAAAGUAUUUCACCGAACAAUCGCAAUUCAGGCACAUAUUUCAUAUGAAGAAGAAACAGUCACUGAAGAUGAGUUUAAUGGUUGCACUCAUCAACCAAUCAGUCAAGACCAAGAAAGAUGACGAGUUAUGGUUCGUGAUGAACGGAGUCCCAAUUAGGUAUUCGCUGUGGGAACACGCUAUUCUCUGUGGUUUAAAUUGUUCUCCGUUGCCCGAGAAUUGGGAGGACAUUGGAGGGUUCGAAUUCUACCGUAAAUUCUUUGGUCAAGAGAGUUUUGAAAAGGUUAUGAAAGCAGAAGUAAUGAAGAAGUUUGGAGAAUUGGCUGUAGAUGACAGAGAUGACCGAUUGAAGAUGGCUUAUUUGUUGCUGCUCAGUUAUGUCAUUGGGCACCAACAUUCGGAAUACGUGAAUCCAUUUCUGUUGAAGAUUGUCAACAAUGUGGAUGCAUGCGAAAAAUUCCCUUGGGGGACGUUCACGUUCAACAAUGUUCAUGAGUUUGUGGUGAACUAUCUGAAUAAACAUCGGAAGCCGGCUAAUCAGUGGAACUUACCAGGGUUUAUAAUUCCCCUCACGAUGUUGCCGUUCGAAUGUAUUCCCAAGCUUCGUUCAGGCGGAUGGUAUAGUGAAGUCAGGGUGGAAGGAAAUGUGAAACAAUCCUGUCCAAGGAUGUGCCGACGAUGUUUCAUUCCGAAAAAGAAGUAUGGAAUCAGACAAGGUUUGACAAGGAUCGGAAGGACGCAGGAUAUUGCGAGCAUUCUAAUUCCAGAGGAGGCUGAGAGCCAUCUGGUUGUGCAUUUGGAGACAAUUGAUAAUGUUGAUGAGGUGGUUGAUAGUUGGAUGGCGCAUUUGGUUGAAGAUGUGAAAUCUGAAUACGUCUAA